AUUCGGUGAUAUUGCCUCGUGGAGAAUGGCAAUAAUCGAAAAGAUCUUGCAUGAGAGGAUGUUGUGCGUUGAGUUACUGUAUUAAUAAUAUAAAUUGACAUAAGUAUGUACAUCGCAGGAGACCAGUUGAGAGAUGAUACGCGAACCAUAGAUACAAAAAGUUUGCUUGGUUCUGCAAUUGAAAAAUACAAUAGUAUUAUAAUAAAAUCACCUUCUCCCAUUUAUAAUAGAUUUAACCAAGAUUGGCGUAUAGAACCUACAAUGAAACAUUAUUGGGCUGCAUCCUUUUUAUUACCAGUCGGAUCUAUUUUUAUUCUUACAAUGGUUGUUUUGCUAAUGGUAUUGUUCAAACGAUGUCCUCAUAUAAUAGCCGCGAUUGUUACUGCAAUGCUCUCUAUCAUUAUCUUAUUAACACUUAUAUUGUCACUUAAUCACGAUCCAGUUUAUAUUUAAUAUAUUUAUAUCAAAUAAUUGCAUAUACUGUUACAUAAAUCUUUCUUCCAUAUGUACAUUGA